AUGGCGGCUCCUCGGAGGUUGCAGAUGUGCGCUGUGGCUCCUGCAGCCAAACACACCGCGUCCGUGGUCUUCCUCCACGGCUCAGGUGACACUGGGCAGGGCCUUAGAGCUUGGGUCCGAGACGUGAUGAAACCUGACCUCUCAUUCCCCCACAUUAGAGUCAUCUACCCAACAGCGCCACAGCGGCCGUACACUCCGAUGAGAGGGGCUCCAUCGAAUGUCUGGUUCGAUCGGAUGAAGAUUUCCAGAGACAGUCCGGAGCAUCUGUCCUCCAUAGACGCCAUCGCUGAAAGUUUAGGUUCCCUCAUUCAAGACGAGGUCAAUGCAGGCAUCCCCAAACACAGAAUCAUCAUAGGUGGUUUCUCGAUGGGAGGAGCGAUGGCGCUGCACUUGGCCUGUCGCUUCCACACAGACGUCGCCGGAGUGUUUGCACUCUCCAGCUUCCUCAACAAAGACUCUGUGGCAUUUCAGGCCGUGGAGCAGCGCUGCCGGAGCCUUUUGCCCGUGCCGGAGCUGCUCCAGUGCCACGGCACCGGCGACGACCUGGUGUUGCAUGAGUGGGGUCAGGACACGGCUGCUCGGCUGCAGGCGGCUGGGAUGAAGUGCUCUUUCCGCUCGUAUUCGGGACUCCAGCACCAACUCUACGGCCCAGAGAUGGAGCUGCUGCGUGGGUGGAUCCUCAGCAGACUGCCCCUCUCCUGA